CUCCAAAGCACAAACGCAGUAUACAAAGGAGCUGAUCGACUCAUCAGUGCGAGUAGAGCAGCAACAGACCUUUACGAAGAAUGCCAACAACUUCUGGAUCAGGAGAAAAUGAAGAACAAUUCUUUCACAUCAUGGAAGGCAUCCGACAACCCGCGGUUUACUCUUACGCCACGAGUAAGGCCACCAACAGUGAAGCUAGGGCAAUGGCGAUCAAGGGGCUCAGACUCCCCGACAGCAUCACACUUAGAAGAAGAACCUAGUGACAUGGCCUUGACCUUGGGCAAGGAAGAGAUUGAAAGAACCUUUCAAGCCAGAUACGAACAGUCCAUCCUUAAAGAUGCAAUUGGACGACAACAACAAUCAUUCAACCACAGUAACAGAAGAUUUGGACCUCAACAGAGAUAUACCAAGGGCCGUAGAUCCUUCCACAAAUCUUUUUUUGGACGCAGCAAGGACCAAUUACACACGGAGGUCCAAAGCUCCAAUCAAUCCCAAUAAGACCGCCAUCAACGCCGACGUCUUUUCCCGCGAUAACAGCGCAUUACACCAUGCCAAGCGAUGGUAUCUUAUCAGGGGGUCGUCUCCAAGGUUUCUCAGAGCAAUGGAAACGGAAAAUAUUUCAUACAUG